UGUACGACCUUCGUAGGCUCUGGUAGGCAUUUGGGCACAGUAGCGGCAAACAGAAAGAUGUGAAAGAAGAGGAUUUCUGCAAGUUGUCGUGAUAAACGGGCUCUAUUUUAUAAGCAUAAUGAGAGUUGUAAUAGGCGGAGGCUCAGGGUUUGUGGGUCGUGAGCUGAUACGUUUGCUGAAAACCAAAGGUCAUGAAAUCACAAUCAUAUCCAGGCAGCCUGGUCCAGGACAAAUAACAUGGGCUGAUGUAGAAUCAGGGGGCCUCCCGCCAUGUGAGGGCGCUGUGAAUCUAGCAGGGGAGACUAUUAUGAACCCUUUGAGAUGGUGGAAUGAAAGUUACAAAAAUGAUCUGUCCUCCAGCCGAGUAAACACAACCAAAAUUCUUGCCCAAGCUAUUGCUGCAUCACCUACUCCACCACAUUCAUGGGUGCUUGUUACAGGAGUAGCGUGUUAUAAACCUAGUCUUCAAAACCAGUACACUGAAGAGAGCAACUGGACACCAUUUGACUUCCUGUCUCGCCUGGUGAAAGAGUGGGAGGGGGCAGGACAACUUCCUGAAAACUCUGCUAAGAAAACAAGACAAGUGAUUAUCAGACCAGGUGCAGUGUUAGGGCGUGACGGUGGCGCCAUGAAACAGAUGAUGAUUCCCUUUUGGCUUGGCCUGGGUGGGACGCUUGGCUCAGGACGUCAGCCCUUCCCUUGGAUCCAUGUUUCAGACCUUGCUGGCAUCAUUGCCCAUAACUUGGAGCCCCAUGAAGGACCACCAUCCACAGAGCCAGAUGUUUUUAAUGGAGUUGCACCUGCAUUGAAUACAAAUUUUGAAUUCACUAAAGAGUUGGGCCGUGCUCUAAAAAGACCUACCAUCUUCCCUGUGCCUGGCUUUUUCUUGGAUGUCGUCCUCGGAUCUGAAAGAGCUGUUAUCCUCACACAAGGCCAGAAAGUAGUGCCCAAGAGAACUCUUGAAUCAGGCUUUGAAUUUCAAUACCCAGAUCUUACUUCUGCUAUAAAAGAAAUUGUUGGAUAUUAGUGAUCAGUCGAUAUAGAGAAGAGACAUGAAGAGAUUCUUUAUGCAUACUAGUGCAGUUAUUGCAUAUCAUUUAUAA